AUGAGCCAGAGCUGCUCCUGCUCCAAGGUUCUCACCAUCUGCCUGCACAAGAUGCUUAUCUGCUCCCCCAGCACUGAGAUUUCUGUGGUCACUCUGACAGUAAGAAAUUCAGCCAUCACCUUCCUGGGGACAGAGGCUUGUCCUUUCUCAGGUCCUGGAGCACAAACUCCUGAGCUGUGCCCUGCUGGCCAUUUCUGCCUGCCAGGGACCACCUUCAGCACGGAGCAUCCGUGUCCCAAGGGCACCUUUGGGCCCAGGGCUGGUGCCACCAGUGAGUCUGACUGUGAGCCCUGCCCCGCAGGGAUGUAUUGCACAGCUCCAGGCCUGUCCCAGCCAUCUGGAUUUUGUUACCCAGGUUAUCAUUGUGCCAAGGGAGCCAUCAGCCCAGCCCCCUUCAAGCACAGGGUGGACUCCUCCAGCCCUGCCCUGCCUGGCAAUGACAUCUGCCCUGUGGGCCACUUCUGUCCCCGUGGCACCGGGCACCCCUUGCCAUGUCCCCCCGGCUCCCUGUCCAGCGCCCUGGGGCUGGGGGCAGAGGAGCAGUGCCAGCCCUGUCCCCCUGGGAGGGUCUGCAGUGGCCCAGGGCUGGCUGAGCUGGCCCAGACCUCGCUGUGUGACCCAGGGUAUGUUUGCCUGGAAGGAAACUCCUCUCCGUGCCCCUCGGAUGGGAUCCGUGGGUACCGCUGUCCCAGCGGCUCCUACUGCCCGGCGGGCUCGGGGCUGGAGCUGCCCUGUGAGCCUGGCACCUUCAGCCCCAUGCCCGGGGCCAGCAGCUGCCUGCCCUGCCCUGCUGGCACCUCCUGUGGCAGGGCUGGCACGGUGCAGCCCCUCACCUGCCCCAGAGGGUAUUUCUGUCCCGGCCGCACUGCUGUCCCUGUGCCCUGCCCCGAGGGGACAAUGAGCCCCUUGGAGGGGGCACUGGCACCCACAGCCUGCAGGCAGUGCCCCGUGGGCAGCUUCUGCAGGGGAGAGGCCAACUGGGAACCUGAUGCUGUGGACCCCUGGCUUCCCUCUCAGCGGGCCCUGUCCUCCGGGACACUACUGUCCCCAGGGAACUCCUGUCCCUGUUCCCUGCCCAGCUGGGACCCUCAACAAUGCCACUGGAGGUGGCUCCCAGGACAGCUGUGUGCCCUGCUACCCCGGGGCGUUCUGUGCCAGCACAGGGCUCAGCUCUCCCACUGGACCCUGCUCCGAGGGCUUUUACUGCCCAGCCAACUCCAGCUCCGUCAGCCCCACGGCCUUCCCGUGCCCCAAGGGUCACUUCUGUGGCUCAGGCUCAGCCUUCCCCAGGCCAUGCCCUGCUGGGCAGUACCAGCCAGCCCCAGGCUCUGCCUCCUGCAUCCCAUGCCAGAGAGGAUUCUACUGCCAGGAGAUAGUGACAGGGGACCCCAGGCUGUGCCCACCCCAUUCUUACUGUCCCACAGGGACACGAGUUCCUCUCACUUGUCCUGAAGGCACCUUCACUCCUGAAAACAUGAGUGGCCUCUGGAAUGAGAAGGAAUGCCU